AUGACAUCUACAACUAUCGCAGCCGUUGUUGCACCGUCAGCGCCAACGCUGGUGGCACCCUCUACCGCAGCACCGUGUCGUUCUUCCGUACCCGUGGUUUCGAUUCGCAGUGUUGAUCUACCGAAUACCGUUGGUGACGGUAUAGGGGGCAGUUCCAGUGGGGGUCGUUUGAUACGCAGAAAGGAGUUUCUUUCCGAAGCAAACCGUACAACAUCGCUGAAAACACUGUCGUGUGAUUUGAGUGAGAUACUGGUGAAAAAUCUAAGCUUGAGACGCAGUGAAACAUCCGAACGGCGCCCGCAAGCGGACACACUUGACGUGCUGUCGGCAGCGUCAUCAGGUUCGGUGCAGCAGCACUCACAGUGCAGCAUCAUCACUGCAGGAAGUGGUGUCACCGACUGUGUUGGUAGUAGUAGUGGUUCCAGCGUUAGCGCGUUUGAUAGUGGCAGCCGUACGCAAGGUACGCUGUGCGAUACGUUCACAUCGGUGAACAAGUUCAUUCGGUUGAAACGCGUUUCGAGCGAUGGUAACAAUCUGAGCCGGCUGUCCGCGGUAGUCACGACGAAUGCCGGUGGUGGUGCGAACUAUACCAAAAUCGUAAACCAGCCUGUGCCGGGCAAACCGCCGCCCGGGUCUUUUAAGCGGGUGGAAAUAAGUGUGUGUGAAAGAGCGCCCAGUACGAAACCAAUUGGCCACAGUGCUCAGCCCACCGUGUGUGAAUCUGAGUCCGAUAGUGGUGAAGAAGAAGAAAGUAGCAACGAACUGUCGAAAGGAGGGGUAGUGCGCAAAAGUGUCAUAGUGAACCAGCUCGAUCAAGUAGACGAGCACUGUCCGCUACUUGUGGUGGAUGAAGAUGGCCGUGCACCGACCAUAGCACUUCAGAAGAAGAAAACGACCCUGGUAUUUACGAGAAAAAAAGUUCCGGAAGAUACUAGUAGUGCGACAGCGACGAUCGCCCGUAAAUCGAGUGAUCGCGAUUUAACGUCAUCCGCGACCGGUUCUUCGUGCGGUGCAUCCAAAGUGCUUCUUCGUCGCCGUGUGCGACUAAGUGGAGAUUGGUUAGGGAAAAGUGUAGAAAAUAGUGAGAAACGGGAAGUGAAAAGGCGCAGCUUACAGUGGCCAAUCGGUUUAUCGCCUGCUGCUGGUAGUAGUGAUAACAGAACGGCACAGUUCUCCGGCGUACUCGAGUGUGGACGGCGGAGUAGAGGUGAUACACCCAACAAAUUUCGUCACUCCUGGAACGCACCGGGAUACGAUAUUCUCCAAGAAGAAUCUGGCUUAGGAGGAAGGAGGGGUGCAGAUUUAGGAAAGGAUUUUGCCUCCAUUAUUCACAACCUGGCUGGGCUAAGGAAUCACCACCUUGCGAAUGGGACACAUGAGUCCGUGUCCCUGCUGGAGCAGCACUCGCCUCAGAUUGUGCCGUCGAGGGCAACACGUCCUACCUCACUCGGGGGCUCCGGCCAGGGGCUCCGACGGGGUCCAUCGAGCUGGAUCCAAUCGUCCCCUAUGGUGCCCACGAGUGGGGUAGGCGCGGUAGGUGUGGUCAGUGGAGUUGGCGGUGGUGGGAACGGCGAAAGCAGCCCCCACACAGGUGCACUGAGCGGUGGUCCGGUACCUCGCAAACGGCGCUUCGAAGCAUUUCUCAAGAAUCUCGUCGGGCGGCGGCCAUCGAAAGAGCCACCUCCGGCAGCACCGCCACCACCGCCGCCACCGCUGCUCAGCUCGCCGGAAAUCAAAAUCAGCAAGAGCCCGUCCGAGCACAAUCUUGCCGAAAUAACGCGCAGCCGGUUGAACAUCUCAACCACCUCGCUGUCAUCCGUGCAUCAGAAGCUGUGGUCGGUAGUGCCGCUGCUGAAGCGAGACGUUAGCUGCAACAGUCUAGCGUCCCCGAAAACGACGCCUCUACUGCUGGAUAGUCAGAUGGCGUCCUCUGGCGAGUGUACCGGUGGUCCUGGAUUGCUCACAAUCGGUGGUCUGAAGGGGACCGGAGGGCCCGGCGGGUUGCGGAAGUGUGAAACCGUGCUGGCACUCACAAACGCAACCUCCCAAACGUUGGAACCAAUACGGCCGCUUAACCGGCUGCGUAACUGCGCCUCGGUAGCAACCUGUUCCCGUUGUUCUAGUCUUCUUUCACUGGCCGCGGCUGGUUCGCGCUACUCGCUCAACGCCUCCAACGGUGCGUUCGUGCCCGUACCCUUCGGCGGUUCACACGACGAAAACGAACCGCCUGAUGUACCGAAACCGAAAAAAGCUUCGAUCGAUGGCGGCUCGAAGCGGAAGUACGUGGGCAAUCUGCUGCGGUUAACCACCACCAGCUGCUCCUCAUCCAGCUCGUCCUCGGGUGCGUCGUCGCCCAGCUCAUCGGCCACACCGUCGUCAUCCUCGUCCGGGGCCUCGUCGCCGAGCCCAAACUCCGCAACCGGUAGUCCGGCCGGUGCAUCUGUCUCGUCCAAAACCGUUAUGUUUGCCCCUAGUCCCACGCAGCAGCUGGUACCGGUAUCACCGAUCAACAGCAGCGCAACGCUGACAACGACAAAGGCCUUAACGCCUACGAUUAAGUUCACCUGCAAACUGUGCCUUGGAGAGUUCAGUGCCGAGAACCUGACACGUAUCACGCAGUGUGCAUGCUCGUUCUGCACCGAGUGCAUGACGGCCUACAUCGAGUUUGAAAUUUCCGAGGGUGCAUACGAAGUGUCCUGUCCGGAUGCCAUGUGUCCCGCCCAGGGCAUCAUAACGAUUGCGGAAAUAACGGCGCUGGCCUCAUCAUCCCUGGUGGAGAAGCACCACCGUUAUCGACUGAAUAGAGAGGUAGAACUGGACCGAUUCCGGACCUGGUGCCCAAAAGCGGGCUGUGAAACAAUUUGUCUCGUUGGCGCAAGGGAUCAGCAGGCAGGCCAGGCAGGCGCUAACCAAACCGGCUCCACGGUUUGUACCGAUCGAAUCGUGCCACUGUCACCAUCGUCCUCCAGCAUGCCGUCACCCUGUGCCGUACACUGUCCUACGUGCCGGGAGGAUUUCUGUUCUGGCUGUAAGAAGACGUGGCAUCCAACGAUGUCUUGCGAGGAGAAUUCGCGCCGCCUGGCGGUGGACGGCCAAACGGACGCUUUGGGCAUCCCGUUCGACAAUGAUCUCAUCAAAUGCUGCCCAAUGUGCACCGUCCCGAUCGAGAAAGACGAGGGCUGCGCGCAGAUGAUGUGCAAACGCUGCAAACACGUCUUCUGCUGGUACUGUCUCGCUAGUCUGGACGAUGAUUUCCUUCUCCGUCACUACGAUAAAGGGCCGUGCAAGAACAAACUCGGUCAUUCGCGUGCAUCGGUCGUGUGGCACCGGGCACAGGUGAUUGGGAUAUUUGCCGGGUUCGGUAUACUGCUGCUGGUGGCUUCGCCGCUCCUUCUGCUAGCCGCCCCCUGUAUCGUGUGCUGCAAGUGUCGCAUCUGCAGCGGUGCGGCCAAGCUGGAAGAAACCGAGGUCGACUAUGAUGAUGCAGCCGUCGCCCUGCACAGUAGCAGCGGGCUGCAGCGAUAA